ACACGCAUUAGACUUAACUAUUCUCCCAAGUACUGUGCCAUUUAACACACUGCGUACCGGUAACGAGAAAUCGCGUUUCUAUAAAGACACUUAGCCAUGCAACUUCGCUAAUCACAGCAUUGAAAAAAUAUAAAAUUUAACUCGAAUCGAUCACCCAUUUAAAACAUAUUACAUAUUUAAAAUAUACAAUCUAAAACAUAUUACACAACAAUAUAUCUGCGUUUUUCUAUGUACAGUGACAUAAGUUGACCUCAGUGAAAAUUGCCAUCAAAUUCAACGCAAGCAAUGUGUUAAACCCAUCCUCAACGAUGACUGAAGAAAAACGUGCGAAACAAGCAAGACAGAGACUAAACAAAGACAGUAAGCGACAGACAGAGAAAGACAGAGACAGACAGAGACAGACGCGAUUGAAGGUGGGUGUAAAGGAAACGGGCGUACCGACGGAUGGACAGAGAUAGGGGAUGCUCGGACGAUGCGACGAGCUGCAGAUUCAGGAAGGUUGAAACGACAGUGGCAAUCCGUUGGUCGUACUUUGCACCGGCGAUUAAAAGCGACGGCGGUCGGCCGCGUACCGUGACAGUAGUUCGGAAAAUACCGAGUGGAAUGGAUCGGCGUGUCCGCCUCCUGUGCGUGCACGGCCACGAGAUUGAAUAACUGCAGCGCCAAUGAAAACUUUCCCCCUCAGUCGUGCAUCGGCGUCGGGACGAAUGUAAACGGUCCCCGUGAGCUCGCUGGCCUCCCGUGUCUUCUCUCUAACCAGCAACCUAACCCGAGUGUCCAGUGUCGCAAGAACGAAAAUGGUGCUCCCGAAAUAUUAUGGUUGUAUCAGGUGCUCGCUGAUCUGCUUCAACGUCCUAUGGGCAGUGGCGAUCACUUGUAUCGCUGUAGUGCUGUUCGUGAUCGGUUUCCCGCACGACGGCCACGGUUGGUACGUGGGUCAUUACAUUUUGAUCGCGAUUGCGAUCAUCACGCCGAUCGUAGCGUUUCUGGGUUGCUUGGGCGCCCUGCAAGCGUCCAGGUGCAUGCUGAUCACCUUCUUCAGCUGCCUCCUAGUGAUUAUCGUGGCGCAGUUCACAGCUGGAGCUUGGCUCUACUGCAACUGGAGCAGCUUCCAAGAGGUGGCUAAAACGUCCAUGAUAGAUACGAUCAAGAACAAGUAUUCCAUCAACGACAGCUCCACAGAGAUAAUAGACGCGAUCCAGGGUGGAAUCAAAUGCUGCGGAGCUACUGGUCCAUCCGACUGGAUUGGCAGUCAAUACUCCAGCAAAGAUCCUUCGACUCCAGUCAGUCUGACCGUUUCCGAGGAUAUAAACAACCUGUACAAACUACCAGAAUCCUGUUGCAAAGAGGAGGGCAGCGAGGCCUGCAACGCAGCCUUGUAUAUUAAAGUUGGGGACAAGAUCAACCCUGCGAUUUGGCCCGAGGGCUGCAUAGUGGAGAUAAUGAAAUGGCUGUCCGACCUGCAGAUACUGUUCAAAGCCCUGGAAGCGACGAUAGCUUGCCUGGAACUGCUUGCCCUGAUAUUCUCGCUGGUCCUCUACUGCGCCAUCAACUCGUCGGACAAAUACAAAGCCUGAAUCGAAGCGUGUUCCGCGCCGCCGUCUCUUAAGUCCAUCCUCGCGCCACAUAUCGUUACGACAAAGUGUUCCAACCGGUAUAACAAUUUCAUUUCUGUGCCAAUCCGAAUGGGUUCCGAGGUAUUCGUCCGUUUCUUCAACCCGAGGAUGUCGGGCUGCGUAUUAUGAUCCUGCUCAGGGAGGAAAAUGACAGUUCUUCCUUUUCCUUUUUUACCAGCAUUUUUUACACGUUUGUAACUUUUGUAUCUACAACGGCCGCGCUCCGGUUAAUCGUUUCCCUUCUCCUCCUGGAACGCGUUUCGUAUGCACGCUCGUCGCGGUCGAAUGCAUUUUAAUCGUGUCGGCAUUUACGAGAUCGAAACGAGAACGUCCGCUUAGUCCAGCGAAGAGGAAGACGCGCGCUUCGCUUUAUUUCACCGCUACCGACUUGCUCCUCUCGUCUGUGCGUCUGCUUCCACCUCGGAGACCUGUGCAGAAGAGCAUUACGUUUUACAGAGUACCUAUAUGAUUUACAUUUUCGUUAGGCCAAAGUAGUAAACCAAACUAACGUUAGUAUGUUAAGGGAUGAAUGGGGAUGCGAGAAUGAUGUGUGAACACUGUACGAACUCGACGGUUUCUCUGGUUGCAACUGGCACAUUUUUCUAAUGUUCGGAAGUCGUUCUGACUUGGUUCGACUCUCUAAACUGCCAGUUUUCAUUUCAAGUGAAAACGCAACAAAACGGUUUUAUUUCUACCAUGAUUUACCGACUUUUGGAGACAUUUUUGAAAUAUUCCUUUCGCGUGGUUUCAACGCGCGAACGAAAUUAAGCUUUAACAAUGAUACUGUGGAACGCGUAAUCUGCCGUUCUGUUGCCAAUGCUCCAGUUUCAACGCGUACACGUGCACACGCGACGACAUGCUAUAAUGUACGCGCGUAUUACAUAAUAUAGUACCAUAGACGCUGAGAUGAUCGAUCUGGUAAUUAAUAUUGAUGUCCAAAUGAGAUUAUAUUAUUGUAAGGACGCCGCUGAGGCAGAAUUUCUCUCUUGUAGCGUUAUAGUCUAUCCAUGUUAUAUUUAAAGCGACAGAAAACGGCGAAGGACAUAGCUGAGCAGAAGCAUCCAAUUCCUUGUGACUUUGGAGAAUCGAUCCAGUUUAUCGGCACGCCGCACCUUCCAGGCUGCAAUAUUCUUUUUAAGCGAUCGUCCUGCCAACUGUUCGGCAGCGAUCGAUCGGCGUGCUUUCGUGGAAACUGCAAAAAAAGAGGAAGAUUCAAUGUUGCAUCAAAAUGUAAAUAAGUGUAACGAACAAGAGCUGCUUUUGGAAUAGUUGUGUCUUAAAUAAAAGUGAUCGACGCGUUUGACGAUGAACGUUUCAUAGAUUGCCUAUAACUGUAGCGAGUAGAGAAGAUGUUUAUUAAUUGUUCACCCGACGUUCGUCGUCGAACGUCUAGGAUAGGCCGAGGAGAAACUGAUCUUUGCGUGUAUCGUGUCUUGGCGAUGAGUAUGGUACAAAAAGAAAACAAUUGCGGGAAUAAUUGAAUUCCCUUCUUUCGGAUAUCGUUCCAAAUCAAAAUCUGCGAGGUAAAGAUCAUAGUAUCUAGUCUACAAAGUUGGAUUCCUUAUUUAUCCGAUUAAUUGUAUCUUACCAGUAACACGUUGCGCGUCAAUUUUCUUCACGGUAUGUAUCCGUCAGACAUUGAACCUGACGGUGAGAAAAUGUUAAUCAAACGAAGUCUGAUUGAUUGGCAAUGUGUUAAUGGAUCGUGUUAAAGUAACAUCGCUUUAAGAGUUUCUUUCGUGUGCAAGAAACAAAUUAUACUGUUCGGUGAAGACGGUGAUAGGACUUGCACUGUCACUCGCUUUUUUAACCAGGAAAUCUUGAACCGUUUACUGGUCUUGAAUCAUUCAUGAUAAUUUCAUUGAAUCGCGGCGGUUCAAGUUUGAGACGUUCUGGUUGGGUAUAUAGAUAAUCGUCUACACGUAUAUGUAUAUGCGUAUACACAUGUUAUGUAUGUGACAAACAAAAUGCGACUUAAGUGUACAGAAACGCUUAUCGAGUAAAUGAAGCGACCAACGAGUAUUUUCAACGGUGACGAUCAAAUUGCUAUAAUUACGGAUUUCGUGGUUUCCCAUUAUCGAAUCAUUUCGUUGGUUGCAAUGUUGUUUCGUUGGAAUAAUUUUGUACAUGUCGAAAUUGCCCUGUGUAGUCGGUUCUUUAGAGAAAAGGGAAGAUACAUGAUACGUGAUAGCGAACGAAGAAACAUCGACGAGCAAGUAUAUUCAGAAAAUAUAUGAAAUCAUCAUUCGAAAGAUAUUUUAAAUUCUGAUAUUAAUAUAUAUAUACAUACAUAUAUAUAUACUAUAUAUAUUAUAUAUACACACACACGUGUAUACAUAUUUUCUUACUGAUUUUUAAGUGAGAUAUUUUCGUUCUCACUGAUUUCAUCAAUUCUUUUCACACUCGCAUACACACACGUACAACACACACGUUAAACGAGACGAACAAAUAUGUGUCUGACUGUAACAUAUUACAACAAUAAUUAAUCAUUAAGAGAACAUACUGGAAUCCAGUUUUUAGUGUAUACAGAGAAUAAAUGGUGACUAGGAUUAUCAAGUUUUAUCAACUCACAAGAGCAAAAUGAACAUGUAACACCUCUAACACUAGUACCCACGAUAUUUGCGUGUAUAUUUAUUUCCAACUUAUGUGCAUUAUGCAAGUAAAUGUUACGAGAAAUGUUCAAAGAGAUCAAUAUAUAUUUAAUGGA